GUUAAACUAGUAGAAUUGCAGACCCGCACACAAAUCCGGUCUUGAACGGUAUUGGGCUCGGGUGCCACACCACCAGGGCCCGUAAGCAGACAAUUAAUCAUUUUGUCAGUUAUAAUGUAUUGUGGCCGUAGAACAACAAGCAUCACAGCGCUGGGCCGGGCACCGAUCGCGCGCAUAUGAUGCCAGCUUAUAUUGUGCAGCUUGAGACGCUGUUGCAUUGACAUUCCUGCCAUAUACAAAUAUCAGCUGCAAACAGCCCAAGAACCCCUCUGCCGCGAAUUGACCCGGGUUGGGCGCUUCUGACUUUUGGUAGACCUGCUGCGAUACUGUUGCUUGCUUGACUUUAUAUGUUCACACGUACAGCUAACCUCAGACGACAAUAAUAGGCAGUCCGUUGUACUCCGCAACGUGAGCGUCGCCAAGCAUGGCCGCUCAAUCUAGUGGUGGUUCCGCUCGGCGCCGAUCCACAAGCUCUAGCUCAAGUUCUUCUAUGUCUUCAUCGCCACCUGACUCUGGAGGCUGGUCACCUGGCCCGUCACUGAGCGGCCGCGCGCCUGGCACCAACACCCCGCCACUUCCCCUCGGCUCGCUUGGCCCUGCUUCCUCUUCGCGGAUGCUAGCGUCUGGUGAGUGUGUUGCGGCUCACAGCUUCGUUUAUGGGUUACAUUUAAACAAUGUUAUUGUCACAUAGGCGGACCGAGCCAGGCGCUGGCAGCCUUGCAGCAACGCGGACUGCGCAGUAUGAGACUGCGCAGUAUGAUGGCGAAUAUGUCCGGCGAUAGCCCUCUGCCAGGUCCGCCGCCCUCACCUCACGCGGCUCCCAGCCCCUUUCCCGACAGCCCUCGAGGUGCUCCCAUGUCAAGGGCGGCCGCUGCAGCUACAGCAGCGGUUGCGAGCUGGAAUGUGGAGGAUAUGGACCUAGACAGUCAUACGGACUCAGAUGACGAGAGCGCCUCAGAGCACCAGCAACAGCAAACAGCUGCACAAGCCGCAAGUGGUGGUGGUGGUGGUGGUGGUAGUGGUAGUGGUGGCGGUGGUGGUGGUGGUGGGCGCUGGCACAUGCACCCCUUCUGGCAGCAGUACGUACUUAACACAACACUUGAACCAGACCUCGUGGAUACCCUAGCAGCGCUGGUGGAGCACUGCCAAUCCGGCAGAGGCUGGACGGGUGUACAGGCGACACUAGAAGCGCAACGGCUGGCCGCGUGCGGUGAACCGCUGAUCGGAGUCCCGGGCUCUGGCAUGGGGCCUGGCUGGGUCCUGCUGCCGCCGGCUGGGCAGCGGCCGUCCAGGGUUUCAGACUCUGGCAUGCAGGCUGGCUUCCUGCUGCCACGGGUUGGGCAGCAGUCAUCGCCUUCAGCUACGGGAAGCCCGCUUGGUGGUGGUGACGGCCCAACCGCAGCUGCAGCAGUGUCAACAGGACUGGUACCGCCACCACAACCGUCACGGCCUGCAGCUCCACCAGCUCGCAUGCCCAUGCCGCGACCGGAACAGGCCCCCACCACAGCUCCGGCACCAGCAGCACGCCUACAGUACCCGCCACCACCAGCACCGCCUGCUGACAACUCGGUACCGCCCCCGCCGCUGCCACAACAUGUACAGUCGCUCGCAACACAGGCCGCAGUGGCGCGCGGGCCCACACAGCCAGCAGUAUGGUUCGAGCACGACUUCUCCGAUUGGCAGCGCCUGCUGCAGAGCGUGCAGCGACAGCCCGGCCAACAGCAAAUCACAAGCAGCUGGCUCUUCAUGCCGCUAAUUGCUGACGCACUACUUCCCGCGCACUCAGCCCAGGCGGCCUUCCCAUUCCAGCGCCCGCCGGACUGGAACCAGCUGACAGGUCCACUGCGCACCGGCUGCACCACGCACGGCAUCACAGCGGAGCGCGUGCCGCUGGACGGGCCGUGGCACACAACGGCCACCUGGCAAGAGUACGUGCUGAACACUGCGCUCAGCCUGGAGCUCAUUGAGACGCUGGCGGCACUAGCAGCAAGCUGCCAGUCUGGCGGCGGCUGGGUGGGGGUGCAAGCAACGCUUGCGGCACAGCAGGAGGCCAUGAUGGCAUAACAAAUGGGAAACCAUAUGAGCAGGGAUAGCUUGUGUGGAGCGAUUUGUCAUCGCCGAACGGCGGACCCAUCCCCGGUAGCUCAAUUGGUAGAGCAUGCCGCUGUCACAUGGCAGACCCAGGUUCGAAUCGCGGAUUCGGCCGGGUUGAGGCUGACAAGUAUAGAUGCAGGUUCGGAUCCUGCCCGGGGAACCGAGUCAGUAUUCCGGUAUGGAGUCCGCGGUACUGACGGAAGCGUUGUAGCGACUCUCUGGGUUCGGAUCCCAUUGUUGCAACGUGGAAACUUCACGAUGGCCGAAUUCAGAGAGUUGGUAGGCCGAUAGGUCCAGAACUUCGGUUCCUAUGGACUGAGUGAAGGUGGAUGCGUGGGGUGCCUCUUGCCAAGGUCCCACAGAGAUACGGUAGGGUUAGCCUCGAUGGGACUCUUCCUUAAGGCACGCGGGACCUUGGUCCGUGCGUAGGUAUU